GGAGGAAGUAUGCCUUCUUGUAAUCGCAAAUGCUGCUUACUAAAAAACCCUAAAAAAACCCUAAAAACCCCUAAAAACCCCUGUGAGAAUCACACUGACGACGACAUCGAUGGCGAACCUGGCAGUUCCAGUAGUCAGUUCCUUUAUGCCUUUCUACGACACCUUUAUUCGGGCAAUCCUCCCACGAAUCGAGGCGUUGGCAAACUUGUUACUGGCUUCAUUGGACGAUUACGGGAGCUGAACUUGUACACUCCCCUAAGGCUAACAAGUACUAUACGCCAGAGUACACCUUUCUCACCUUCGGAGCUAGUACGGAGUGUGUCUACUCAGCUGGGUGCUGAGCUCAAACGUAUUUAUCGCAAUGGAGCGAUUGAACUACAAGAGCAGCUCAAGGGUUGGCAAAAAAAAAGGCAGACCGGAAGUAGUUGGAUACGACUUGGAGAUCCAUAACAAGUUGACAGCCGUGGAGAGCUUUCUGGCAUUCAACAUGACGAGCGGCAACAGGCGGAAGAUUGCCCCACUAUCUUCGGCAAAGGAUGGUUUUGUCUCGUUCUCGGAGCGAGAGCUCGUCACUUUAUGCUGGAAACGACCGCUCCUUAAAACUCGGAUUCUGGAGUUGGCAAGGGUCACAUUUUCCAGCUGCUCCUCGGAGGAUGACGUGAAAACCAUAUGGUUACCAGAUCAAGAGCCAGGGUUCCUAAUCAAGAGCCUUAUUGUAGAUGUCGCUCCUACUGGUCUCACUGUUCGGCAACGAGGGAAGCUGGGAUACCGAGGCGCAAUCACCAACAUGUCCCUUCUGGAUGCGAGGAACCAUUUGUCUGCCAUCCGUGACCCCAACUUUGACCCUCGAAAUUACAGCCUCAAGGGAUAUGUUCUGACAGGAUCUUUCCGCACCAAUGGCUUCAGGCUUCAGCUGUCUGCCUACAAGUUGAAGGAGUUGCAAGCGGUUCGAUAUCGGAGGCUGGCAGAUGCCAUUUUGCCCCCUCGCCUGACGUCAACGGUUGGAGGUACCGACUAUUACUUGCAGGAGAUCCGGAAUGUCGUAAAGACCAAGGACGAUGUCACUCGACUCUGGCCGCAUUGCCCUCCAGAAAAAAUCAAGAUUUUGUGUCUGGAUAUUGGUCAAGCCUAUGUUGUAGCUGGAAGCGCCUUCCUACCAGAUACAGACCGUCCGAUCAACGACAAAAAAGGAAAGGGGCGUGUCGUGGCGACCUCUGCUUUCCCAACCGCUACUACCCACAGGGCCACUCCUGCCUCUUUGAUCUCCACAGCCGCCCCUGGGACGAACUCUACUACCUCUUUGAUGGAUCCGCCCUAUCCAGAGACAUACUACAACAUAUCUGUUAACCAGAAGGCCGUGUACCAACCCACAUUCAAGUUCCGAAGAUGGACAGAGGAGCAAAAACGGGUGGUACCGGAAGGUGCAACUCAAUCGAUCCAAGAGAUUGAGUCAGACCUCCCACCGCUCCGCGGGCCAGAUGCAAGCGUUGGGCAGUACGUUCAGCAGCUCGAGAUGGUCGAGCAGCGCUUGAGCAGUUUUUACAAUGGCUCGAACAGGCUCUACCAGAGCCACGAAUGGGAUGCCCAACGUGCACGGGAGGAGGAGUACCUGGUAAUCGCAAACAGUUUGCUGAGGUCGGUGGGGGGAUCGAUAGGCGCCAAAAGAGACGAAAAGAACAUGGUGGUGAUUGGCAUUGGACUUGGUCAAUUCAGCAGUUGCUCGCGCCUCACAUCACUCCACGACUCCUUUCUGGCAUUCUUUGUGCCCCUGGUGUCUAUCCGAAGGCUCUUCUGCGAGGACUGUGGAACUCCAUUCCACAGGGAUGAGAUGGCGGCCCACAACAUGGUGAAUGCCGUCCAAGGACAUCUGCUCCACCAACAGCGGCCUUUGUACCUGCAGCCGGUAGACGAGGAGGGAAAUUAUCCGUGGAUGAAGACGGAGACCACCGGGGGCGCUGAGGAAAAGGACCACCAAGCUUUUGAGGGAACCAGCAGUAGCAGUAGCAACAUCGACAACUGCACUCUCGAUAGCGUCCAAGACAGCACCCAAAAGGCAUCCAAGAGAAAGGCUUCGGAGGAGGAGGAACAGAUCAUGGCGAUCCUCCAGAGGACGCGCCGACCCCGCGAGGAAUAGUAG